GAAUUGCCGCGCUAUGGAAACGUCAAUGGAAAUAAAGUUUGAGGCUUCACAUUGUAUAUUCAACCGUAUUAUAUACAUAUACGGUUUAUUACAGCCUGUCAUUAAGGAGAGAACGUCUUACAGGUUUGUAGCGGAAGCGUAUGGGAAAUAGAACCCCACUUUCUUCAGGCGACGACUUGCAUCAACAGUCUUGGUACAUCACUCGCUGGACUUACACGAUGACCUUAGACGGCGGGUGACAGGAACAGAAAAAAAAAAAUAGAAAAUAACCGCGAAGUGAAGUGACAUUUGUGUUUUUUUUUUUUUUUUGGUGUUGUGCUUGCACUGGAUACUAGGAACAAAAUGAUACCGAGAUCGAUUUGGUGGUCCUUGCUGUUUGUGGCAGUUGUGGCAGACGACAGUCCACCGGGGCUCAUCUCCACAGACAACCACCAAGACCUGGUGGCAGAGGCGACGCAGAAUGGUGCCCAAAAUCAGAAACGUGAAGCCGGCUUGUCAAAUUCCUACGGGGAACCGAUCCCGUCAGACUCCUACGGCCCGCCCCUGAAUAUACCUAACCUUGUUGCAGAGUUGCCAAUACCGGUUUAUGGACCACCAGAGACGAAUGUGUUCGUGGAGACUCCGCCCGGGGCGUAUGGCCCCCCAGCUCCCGUGGUGUUCCCCGACCAGAACUACGAAGGGCCGCCGCCACCGGUCGGGAAACCAAAACCAAUCUAUGGACCUCCAAAGUUUCAUGGUCCGAAACAAACCUAUGGACCACCCAAACCAAUUUACGGACCCCCCAAAAAGACCUACGGUCCACCAAAACAAGGCCCACCGAAAAUUAGUUACGGACCCCCAUUCAAGCCACCGAAAAUCUCCUUCCCGAAACCGUCUUAUGGCAUUCCGAAACCAGUUUAUGGAGCUCCCAAACCCGUGUAUGGACCACCGAAACUCGGCUUCGCACCUCCUCCUUUGAGUGUCCAGAACAUUCCAGUGCCCAACUUACCAAUUUCUCCGCCACAGAAUCUGGGAAUAGUUGGAGCGAGCAUCGGGAAUGUUGGCAGCUUCAAUACUAUCGAAACUAACUUUGGUAGUCUCGAAGCAAACGUUGGAACAAGUCUAGGUGCCAACUUUGACUUGGGUCUAAACUUACCGGCGCCAAUAUAUGGCACGCCGAUAACAAGUUUGCCUGGUAACCUGAAACCUAAGUUCCCCAUACCUUCCGACACUUAUGGGCCUCCCGGUCUCCCGUUAGGCCCUGUUGGUCCCAAUGAUCAGAUCGUGGUACACGAUCUAGGGAGUAUCGGACAUUACGGCCCGCCUCAACCGGACCCGAACCCACGCCCGCCUCAUCCGGGUAUUCCGGCGCCUCCAACACCACCGCAUGUCUUAUACGAUGGAUGGAAACCAAUCCCUGGUGUAUCAAAACCUUUCCAAACUGUAGAAAACGUCCACUUCGAAACAAAUCACAAUAUAGGGCAGGCUCACAUUGAAACCUUAGAUCAAUACGGCCCACCUCCACCGAUAGUCCAAGAAGUGCAAAUCAACCUAGACGGUCAUUCCCUCCCGAGUCUGAAUCAACAAUCCCAUUUCUCGGGAGCGCAGAUUUCAUCAGGAUACUCUAACGUACACCAGGACGCGCUGUCAAACAUUGACCUGAACGCGAUCGUCGGCGGCGACUCGAACCACAUCGAUCAGUCGAAAACCGUCUUCGAAGCUCAUUAUACAGAAAAUAGUAAUGCCGCUGAUUUAGCGCUCCUCCAGGGCUCCAUCCCCGGGAAGUUCGAUAGCUACAGUGCACCUCCUCUGGACUCACUUUCGAAUGGACCUUACCCCCCAUCCCUGAGACAGCAGGGAGCGAAAGGACUUAUCCCACCGUCGGGAGUAUACGGGGUGCCUCCUGGAAACCAGUACGGUGCACCGCCGAAGCCACUACCCGCCAACCUGCCAAUACCUUAUGGCUCAUUCUCAGGUGGCGGCCAUUCCAUACACACUGGCGGCCACACUCCAAGACAUCCUAUUAAAUUCAGGGAAUCUGUACCCGAGGGUCUCAUACAGCAGAUCAGCCACGUCACCCAUCACAAGGACGCUCACAGCAUAGAUCACGUUAAACAAGGACCUGCAUAUUUGCCGCCGCCGAUCAAAGACGUCAAGGAAAUAAAUCAGCAUUCCAGCCAAGCGCUCAACGGCGUGUCCUUAUCCAUCGAGCCUUCAAACCUAUACAGUCUGCCUCACUCCGGAGCACCGCUGACAUUCCAGGUUCAGCACCAGUCCAACAACCUGUACGGAUCAGCCAUUGAUUCGUAUUCAGUUCCGCUCUUAACCGUAUCCGACCACGUGACAUCCGACUCCAGUGACAACGCGGUAGCGGCGACCAUUGAUGGAAAAGUUUUAGCGAACCUCUCCAACUUAGAGGCCGCGGCGAUCCUGAAACACUGUCCUUAUCACGAGGCCAUACUCAAAGCUGCUAAGCUGGGCGAGAAAAUUCCAGCAGAAUUGGCUUCAAGCUACGUUGCCAGUUUGAGCUCUUUGGGCUCAGCCUUCCACAAUCAUCACGCUCUGAUGUCAACCCAAAACGGUUUCAACAUACCCAUUCCGUCCAGCGACUCAGUUCCUUACGACAAUAAAGACCUUUCCGCAUCCUCCCACACUUUGGUGCAAACAGUUUUACCAAAUCAGAUAGAAAACGAAAAGACGGUAAAAGGUAGUGUACAAAAGGGCAAAUCUAUCAGAGACGAGAAGGAUUCUCAGAAGCAGAACUCCCUGCAGUUCGUGUCGGAUCAAAUUUAUCACACCUCAGAGAAAAUUAAAAAUCUCAGCGAGGAAACAAAACAACUCCAACAGAAAAUAGUUUCAAACAGUCAGAACUUCAAUCAAGUGAGCGCGCAGUACUCGCACUUCGCUUCCCAAAUACCGGGCAAGGAGCAGACUUACUCAGUCCAGAUACAAUCCUCUGAUGACGGUAAAGGGAAAUCGAGCGGGCCAACCAUACCACACGAACAGCUCCUCUCUGAAGGUCUCCUGCAAAGCAUCCUCCAGGCCAUAGAACAGCCGUCUCAGAACAACCCGCCCGCCAACGAUAUACAAAAUUUCAAAGAAGUCAAAACAAAUGUUUUCUCGAAUAACCAGAACCAACAGAACGCUAAUUACCAAAGCGGUGUUUCGGGAUACGACAAUUUAGACGAAGGAGGCCUAGUGCUCCCGGUUGGAUACGAACCGGUGGAUAGAACGAAGACCCGAAAAGACCAGGAGUUCCAGGGAACCCAGGACAUCAAACACGUCUUGCAACGAGAGGUCAUCCGCCACGAUCACGACUGCGACUUGAGGGCGGACAACUCCAUCACUCAUACGAUAGUUGUGCCCCCGCCGAGCCUAGAGCACGUGGAGCCAGUGGAGGAAGUGGAGAUCAACGACGUAGCGAUAUACUUCGGCAACGACUCCAAGGAGGACAGUUCGGAGAAACAGGAUCCGGUCACCGAGACAUCAGUGGCGACGAGCGUCAGCGAGAACUUCGAGUACAAAAAACCGGAGUACGGUGAAAAAAUCAAAAAGGAUGCUUAACUUAUCGUUCAUUUCGUCUUCUAGUCGUAAAAUCGUCUCCUGAUCGCGAAAAAUAGUUUUGAUUCCAAACUCCGGACUAUCUAUUAGAUUUUUUUUGGAAUGUCAAUGCAGCCAUCUCUGCUGGUGUUGCCAUGUGCGAGCUGUUUAUUUAAUGUUAGCUUUAAGUAAGUUAUUUUCCACGCCAUCUUUCUUCCAUUUAAGGCCCGUCAGGAGUCUGAUCGCGAGCCGACCGACUCCGCGAAGCGUCUUAAAUAUUAUUUAAAGUAUUUAUUCAACAAUCCUAGAUUAUAACAACAAGUAUUUUGAUGUUAAAACUACAUUUGUAUUUUGUAAUACAUUUUUUUUAUAUUUCUAAGCAUUUAAAUAUAUGGAAUAAAAAAUUUAAA